CGUUAUACUCAAUACAAAGUUCAUUGUUUUUAUCGAUAAGUUAUGUGUUAAGUAAGUCUCUGUAUACAUGGAUAAGCUAGACGAGGAUAGUAAAAUAGUACAUGUAGCAAGAAGCACGGCUUUGUAAUGUCCUCAAAAGGCGAAGCAGUUUGCAGCAAAUCUUACGGCACUUUCUUCGGCGUUGCGUCCUCUCUUCGUUUUUUCGUCCCAUCUCAGACCUUUGUCGAGAUCCUCGAAAAUCCGCGGUCAUACUUUACAUCUAUUUGCAUUGACCAAAUCAAACAGCACGACAGACAAAAUGCUUCUCAAGCAGCCACCGCGUCAGCAGUGGACACAACACUCAGUUCAUCUUGACAAG